GUUUGGCAAUGAAUCUAUUUUUCAUGGACUGAAUGCAAUGAAGAAAUCGGAGGAGCAGAAGAGGAAGGAUAGAGCACAGAGGUUUGGGUUUAUGCAGCUUGUACUUGCUGAUGUAGAAGAAAAGAAGGCAGCUAGGCUUGCCAGAUUUGCACCAAUCUCCACGACUAAUUUAGUGGAAGAAGACAAAAUGAAAGCUAGGGAAAUUCGGUUUUCAUGA